CGCUCUGUUGUUGAAUGGACCAAAAGAGAAACAAAUCUUUCCUACUGUUCCGAGUUCCCAUUUUGGAAGGCAGCAGCUCACAGGCCUGCGUCAUCAUUACGCGUUUUAUGUACACGGAAGUAGCCAGCAGAAAACAGGACGAUAACAGAAGUCCAUCUGGGUGUUGGUGUGUUGAGUUAUGCCCCAGAGAGGAUGGGUCAGACCCUGUGUAUCUGUUCCCGCGGCUCCAUCACCAUUGACAACAAAAGAUACUACUUCAUCCAGAAACUAGAUGAAGGAGGGUUCAGCUAUGUGGACCUGGUGGAGGGGGUGCAGGACGGGCGUUUCUAUGCCCUGAAGAGGAUCCUGUGCCAUGACCGGGAGGGUUGCCAAGAGGCUCAGACGGAGGUGGAGAUGCACCGUCUCUUCAGCCACCCCAACAUCCUGGGCCUGGCAGGGCACACCUUCAUAGAGAGGGGGGGCAAGAGUGAGGCCUGGAUACUGCUGCCCUACGUUCAGAAGGGCAGUCUGUGGUCAGUGCUAGAGAAGCUGAGGGACAAGGGCAGCUUCAUGCCAGAGAGACGCAUCCUGAAGAUCCUACAGGGCAUCUGUUCUGGACUGAAGGCCAUGCAUGACAGAGGCUACGCACACAGAGAUCUGAAGCCUACCAAUGUACUCCUAGAGGAGGAUGACAGGCCGCUGCUGAUGGACCUGGGUUCUAUGAAUCGCUCCAGGAUGGAGGUCAAGGGGACCAGGGAGGCCAUGACAGUACAGGACUGGGCAGCUCAGAGGUGUACUAUAUCGUACCGCGCCCCUGAGCUCUUUAACGUGGAGAGCCACUGUGUCAUCGAUGACCGUACAGACAUCUGGUCUCUGGGCUGUGUACUGUACAGCAUGAUGUUCCUGGAGGGGCCCUAUGACAUGGUGUUCCAGAAGGGAGACAGUGUGGCCCUUGCUGUCCAGAACCCAGUUACCAUCCCUCAGCCAUGCAGUUACUCUGAAAGCCUGCAGAACCUGCUGAGCUCCAUCAUGGUGUCCAACCCCCAGGAAAGACCCGACGUCAACUGGAUCUUGGAUCAGAUACAGGACAUGACGUGUUCCAGCCCCAACACACAGACCAAUAUGGUAUGAUGCUCCUGAUCGGGGAACCAUGGCAAGCCUGGUUCCUCUCUGCUUCCAACAUCUGUGGGUGAUGAACUUUGAACUUUAUGACCUCUGGACUGUUGUAAUGGCGACCCUGACCUCGUCGUUUUCCUCUAGUCUUAGAAGGGGAUCCUACCCCAUACACACACAACUGCUAUUCUGCAGUUGAAACCACAUAGACUUACGUCACAAGUCCUCACUGUCCUCUAUAUGCAUGUGCAACAAUAUGCUUUGACACAGUGUCGGUCAACUCCACAUCCAGCUCACCUUGGGGAAAUUGAGAUUUGGGUGGAGCCAUUUUAUGACUGCUAGUGAAUAGGAAACCCCAUGGGUUAAACUACCAUCAUACAGUUGAAGGGGGCCCCGGACCAGGAAAAGGACCUAUGGUAAAUUCCAGACAGACGGUUUCCAUGGAAAUGUACUCAGCCAUAUCUUCUAUCAGCUUCAAAGGGAUUUUAAUAACUUGAUUCCAGACCUGGGUUCAAUACACAAGUAUUUGUUAUUUAAAUACUUUUUCUGUAUAUUUCAGUAUUUUCAAAUACACAGCUCAAAUGUUAUUUAUUUGUUUGAGUACUUGAAUGGUUAUUUUUAAAAACCAAAUAAUCAACCAAAUUGUAUUUGAAAGUGUUUUCAAAUACUAUUUUCAAAUACCUGGGUUAAAUGCAUGGGAGUGUAUUUGAGUGUUUUAACAUAAUUUCCAAGUGUAUUUCCAAAUACAUUCCAAUAUUCAUCUACUUGUUUUUUCAAAUAUAGGUCAUCUGAUUGUUUUGAGAUGUAUUGAAAUACCUGAAAUAGUAUUUUGAACCCAGGUCUGCUUGAUUCAUCCUUGAACUUCUUUCCAUCGUAACUGUAUUUAUUUGUUAUCAUGACAUAAUGCUAUACUGUAACAAUUCUCUAUUUUCCAUUCAUGACACGUUGAUUUAGGCCUGUAUGUAUUUGGCAAUACCUCACAAGAUUCUGUUUUGAGUGUCAACAGGAAGAUAAGAUAAUCUGGUUUUAAAUCUCAGCAGGUUUUGCUCAGUUAACUCUCACUACAGUUGCUUGAUAGUAACUUUUUAAUGGUUGCUUUUUUUAGGCUGUUAUUUGUGUGUGUGUCUAUUUAAGGAGCAAUGAUUUAUUUGUCCAUGUAUGUGCUAUAUGAACACGUUCUAAAUAAGACAAUGAAGUUGGAAUACAGACGUUAUUGAUGAUUUCAGUGGAACAAUGUAGAAUGUACUGGAACUAUAAAUGGCUGCUGGCUAUUUCCCCUGUUUGUAGCCUAAUUCAGCCCAUCCAGGAAUUUGAGAUGUUAUGAUAAAAUAAUAGGGAAUUUCAUAAUACUGUUAAUACAACACUGAAGGCGUUGCUUGUUUCUCAUAAGAUUGAUGUUUUAUGGGCAUUACUUUAUUUUUUUUAUUUUUUUAAAACAUUUGUGGUACAUCUUAAUUUGUUAUGUAUAAGAGGCCCUUUUCAUGUACUUUUAGAGUUGUCUGAGGGCCUGACUUUCUAGAUGUUGUCAUGUGGCUUUUAUUCCACUCGGGGGAGCCGUGUCCUACACCUUGGUCAAAGCAGAGGGAGUCGGGGUCUCAAAAGGUUGUCUUAGUUUGGCCAGACCUGUAGAGCUGAUAAAGACUCACUCAAUAUGUGAACAUAUGCAAAACCUCUACUCUGAUAAACACCAGGGUAUAAAAUGGUACUGAUUCUGAUUUGUCCCUUCUCCUUUUACUCCAAUACAUCCACAUUCCAUGAUAACAUUACAGUUGCCAAUACCUACCCUUGCUGUUGAUAAAAAAGGCAGGGCCAGCAGUUUUCAUUGGAAAUUAAAGUUCUAUACUACAA